AUGAUGGUAAUAUUUUAUCUCUUCCCAUUUUUAUUAUCUUUUUCCGGCAUCAACGGACAACUCGAGGUUCACCACCACCACCACCACCUUUCGUCCAACAUCCUCGGACUCGAAACCAAUAUCGACGUCAAUUUCUCAUUCCCGAAUCCCCGACUGAAGAGCGCUUACGUGGCAUUACACGCAUGGAAAAAGGCUAUAUAUUCGGACCCAUCCAAUUUUACCGGAAAUUGGGUGGGGCCCGAUGUUUGCUCAUACAAUGGUGUGUUUUGCGCGAACGCUCUCGAUGAUGUCAGCCUCACUGUCGUUGCCGGCAUUGACCUCAAUCACGCAGACAUAGCCGGCCACCUUCCUCGUGAGAUCGAGUAUUUGGUGGACAUUAGUCUCCUCCACCUCAACUCGAACCGCUUUUGCGGAAUAAUCCCCGAAGGCAUAAAAAAGCUCAAACUUCUCUACGAGCUCGACGUGAGCAACAACCGUUUCGUGGGCCCUUUCCCGAGGCCCGUUCUCGAGCUUCCCGAGUUGAAAUACCUCGACCUGAGGUUCAACGAUUUCGAAGGGGAAUUGCCGUGCGAGCUUUUUGACAAGCCGCUCGACGCUAUUUUCCUCAACGACAAUCGUUUUCACUCGAACAUCCCGGAGAACAUCGGCAACUCGCCGGCCUCGGUGGUGGUGAUAGCCAACAACAACCUCACGGGUUGCAUCCCGACAAGCAUCGGGAACAUGGCCGGAAAACUAGACGAAUUGAUCUUCUCCGGGAAUAAUCUCUCCGGAUGCUUGCCGGAGGAGAUCACGCUCCUCAACACGACGACGGUUUUGGACGUAAGUGAUAACAGCUUCUUCGGGGAUUUACCCGUCGGCUUGGAGUAUUUGCAAAGCCUGGAGGUCGUGAAUAUUGGGAGCAAUAGAUUUAGGAGCAAGGUGCCCGACACGAUUUGCACGUUGCCGAGUUUGAAGAAUUUUACUUUCUCGUUUAAUUAUUUCGAUGCCAAGGAUGAGGAGUGUGAUCCGAGUGCGUUGGCGGGGGUCGUUUUUUAUGACGAGGAGAAUUGUUUGGCAGGGGAGAAAAAGCAGAGGUCGGAAAAUGAGUGUGGGUCGGAAUUGAGCAAGAAAGUGGAUUGUAGCAAGGCAGGAUGCAGGAAGGGUGAGAAUGGGAGCUCGCCAAAGCCCAGGCCUCCGAAUGGGUCGCCAGGACCAAAAAAGCCUCCAACAAUGUCUGAGCCACCAAAGGUAUCUCCUUCACCAAAGACGACUCCAGUCCCAGCGUCACCUGAUCAGCCAGUGGUGCAGCCUCCCAAGGCUUCUACAAAGCCACCACAUUCUGAUGCUCCAACUUCACACGCACAAGCUCCUAAGGUGGUUGUACCUUUGCCACCAAAGGCACUAGCUCCUACAACAAGUGUACCACCUCCUCCAACCCCAAAGGCACAACCUCCGCCUCAGGCUGAUGUACCUUCCAUCCCCAAGGAACAACUUCCUAAGCCUUCUGUACCUCAAACUCCAAAAGUACAACCUCCUAAGGCUACUAUACCAUCACCCACACCCAAGGCACAACCUCCAAAUCCUAACAUACCAUCUCCAAAAGCUCAACCUCCUAAGACUAACGUACCUUCACCUUGGGCGCCAAAGGCACAACCUCCAAAUCCUAAUGUACCAUCAAUUCCAAAAGCACAACCUCCUAAGACUGACGUACCUUCACCUUGGGCGCCAAAGGCACAACCUCCAAAUCCUAAUAUACCAUCAAUUCCAAAAGCACAACCUCCAAAGACUAAUGUACCUUCACCUUGGGCGCCAAAAGCACAACCUCCAAAUCCUAAUGUACCAUCAAUUCCAAAAGCACAACCUCCAAAGGUUAUUUUUGUACCACAAGCGCCAAAGGCACAACCUCCAAAAGCCAAUGUACCACUGGCACCAAAAGUACAACUGACACCAAAGGUACAAGCUCCACCACCAAGGGCAUUGGUUCCACCAUUUAUAGCUAGACCACCAUCUCCGACUCCAAAAACAGUUCAACCCAAUUCUCCAUCACCCAUAAAGUCAGUCACUUCACCACCACCAUCGCCCAUUUUCUCACAACCACCACCAUCACACUUUCAUUCACCACAACCAUCACCAUCACCAGUCGAACACUCAUCUCCACCACCAUCAAUUAAAUCUCCGACUUUUUCACCACCACCACGUAUCCACUCUCCACCACCACCAGUUAACUCUCCGCCACCACCACGUGUCCACUCUCCACCACCACCAUAA